GUUAUUUUAAGAGACUUCCGUUUACAAACCCGCCACUCUUCUUCUCUUCCUUGUAAGCUCCAAAAUAUCAGAAGAUCACGCAAAAAAACAGUCGAAUCUGACUGAAUUUGCAAAACCAAUCGAAUGGACAAAGGGAAAGCAGUGAUGGGAUCAGGGAGAAGAUGGGCCGUUGAUUUCACUGACAAUUCAACCACUCCUUCUUCUCGUGAUAUCCCUGAUCCUCCUGGCUUCUAUCGCACCUCUCAAGAGCAGGAUGAUUCGGCCGUCACCAAGCAAAAAAAGGAUGCUGAAGCUAAUUGGAAAUCUCAGAAAGCUUGGGAAGUGGCACAAGCCCCCUUCAAGAACUUGCUAAUGAUGGGUUUCAUGAUGUGGAUGGCUGGAAAUACAGUGCAUCUAUUUAGCAUUGGGAUUACUUUUUCUGCUCUUUGGCAGCCCAUAGGUGCUCUUCAAGGAGUUGGGAAAGUUUUUGAGCCAUACAAAGACAGUAAAGUGGAUCUUCUUGCACCGAAGUUAGUCUUUAUUGCCCUAAAUUUGGGUGGUUUAGCAUUGGGUAUUUGGAAGCUUAACACAUUGGGACUUCUUCCUACACACGUGUCAGACUGGGUUUCAUCCCUACCCCCUGCUAAGGAGGUUGAAUAUUCAGGUGGUGGUAUUCCUCUGCGCUAGUGUGCUUCUUUUAUAUCAUCAUUCACCAUCUGGUGGGGAAAAAGAAGAUCCCAUGGCAGGACCAGAUUUGGAUCUAUUCUUGGCUAGUGGCUUGUUAUUCAUGGGUGUGGUCACCAUGACAAUGUACCGUUUAGGCUGUUUUAAAUUUCUUAAAACCAAUCAGACAUUAACAGGCUUGGGUUUGUAGCUAUGGCAUAAAGUAGAUCAUUGUUGAAUUUGAGGUAAUAAACUGAUAGUCCUUCUUGUACCUGUGAUAAAUUUUGUCCGUCUUGGAAAAUUAAUGACAUUCCCAAAUUUCCUGCCA